AUGAAGACUAAAACCAAAGGAAAGAAGAAAAGGCAUGUUGUGGACAACGAAGCAUUUUCUGAGGAGUCGGCAAUGAGAAGAAAAGAACUGGUGAAAUGUUUGCGACACAAGGAGAGGAGGAAUGGGGGAAACAAGGAGAGCAGCAAGAUCACUACAGGCAGAGCCAAGCAUCCUUGGAGCAGUAAGGACAGGCAUUUGAGGAGACUGGAGAGCAACGAGCGGGAGAGGCAGAGAAUGCACAAGCUCAACAAUGCGUUCCAGGCUCUGCGGGAGGUGAUCCCUCAUGUGAGAGCUGAGAAUAAACUUUCCAAAAUAGAGACUCUCACACUGGCCAAAAAUUACAUUAAAUCUUUGACCUCCAUUAUACUCAACAUGUCCAAUGGACACUUUCCAGCAGCAGAAGGGAUGGGGGGAGCCUGGGGCUCCAAACUGUAUGAGCAUUAUCGACAGCAACAUGGGGACGAUGGUCAUGAGGAACAUCUACAAAAAUACUCCACAUAG